UCGGCUAUACGCACAGUAUCUGCGCCUCCUGCAAGGAAUGCGCGACCGGCCAUGAUCAGUACUGCCCGAACGUCAAGAUGUACGGGUUCCACGACCGGGAUAACGGCUCGUUCAGUUACGGCGCGGUCUGGGACGAGAACUGCGUCUACCGCAUCCCCGACGGGUACGACUCGAUCCACGCCGCCCCGCUGAUGUGUGCGGGUGCCAGUGUGUGGGAGAUCUUCAUGCAGUACGGGGUGCGGGCGACGGACCGGGUGGGGAUCAUGGGCGUCGGCGGCCUCGGCCACGUGGCCAUCAAGCUCGCCAGCGCCAUGGGGUGCCAGGCUGUGGUGCUGUCCAGCUCCGAGGCGAAGAGGCAGGAGGCGAUGGACUACGGGGCGUCGGAGUUCCAUGUCUUCCAGUCGGGGGGCCCGGUGCCCGCGGGGUUCCGUCAGGUGAAGCAUCUUCUGCUCUGUGGGAGUGCUGAUGUGGACUAUUCUUCUUUGAUGCCAUUGGUGGCGACUCGCGGCAGCAUCUACCCUCUCACGCUUACCCUGAAGCCCGCCCCGGUGCCCUUGGCCCGCCUCUUCCUUCGUGGCAUCAAGAUCCAAGGGUCGUUGGUGGCCUCCCGCCAGAAUAUCCGGUCCCUGUUCGAGUUUGCAGCGAGGAAGAAUAUCACCCCCACGACUAUGACCUUCCCCAUGACGCCAGCGGGCAUUGAGGACGCGAUGAAGACUCUGAGGGAAGGGAAGAUGAGAUAUCGGGGGGUCUUGGUACGGGACCUGCAGUAG